CUUCAAGUAACCUAAAUAAGUGUCCGUUUGUUUGAAAUUGUAAUAAUACGAAUUUAUUUCAACUAGCCUGUGAUAAUUUACAUUAUAAAUUAUUGGGUGCUAGUUUUUUAAUCAGAAAUAAUGGAAAAUUGUGUUUUCAAACAAAUUUGUUCAGAAGAGAACACUCCCUUUCGAAUACAUUUUACAAUUUUGGAGGCUGCAGCAACAGUUACUUUAUUGCAAAAUGAAAAUGCUUGGAAAUCUACAGUGUCCAAGGAAGACCUAAAGUAUUUUGCAACGGAAUACAAGCUAAAUCUUGAGGAGUAUUGUGUGAAACUGUUAGAUUGUAUAAGAGCGGGGGACCUCGAUAUAAUUUUCACUUUUAAAAAUAAUACAUUUUCUAUUAAUCGCCUCUUGAAAAAUUCGCUGAAAGUGAAAUUUUUUACAUGCAAAUUGGAGAAAGCUAAUUAUGUAGAACAAGUUGAACAAAUUAUGGAUAUGUUUUACGUGGAAAACACUCAAUUAUCGGAAAAAUUAAACGUUGUAAUGAAAGAAAAGGAUGAAAUUGAUAAACAUAAAGCGUGCUGUGAGCGAAAACUACAAGAAUUUAUCCAAAAAAAGCAGUCGGAUGAGGAAGAGCAGUUUGGCUACUUUUUAUCAAUUCUAAAUGAGAAGAAACUUCGCAUUCAACACUUGACUGAACUUUUGGAAGCAUUUAAGAACGGCAGACCUACAGUGAAUUCGCCAGUAAAUGUGAAAAACAAGAAACGAAAAAAUGACACAACUAAUCAGAGAACAUCAAGAAAACUAGAAACCAUAUCAGAAUCAGAAGCGUCAAACAGUUCAGACGUUGAUAACAAGACUGAUUCAGAAGAUGAUACUUCUAGCCAUGAAGAAGUCAAGAACUUUCUCCCUCUAGAAAGUAAACCUUCUACUUCCGCCCAAGAUUUUGAUUUUUUGAACGAUGAUAUUCCAAUGACUUGCACAUUGCCUAAAAGACUGAAACAAGAAAAAGCACCAAGUGAAGUUAUUGUAAAAACUGUUGGGGAAGCCUCAACACCACCAAAGACUGAGGCUGUAGAGCCCCCGAAAAAAGCUAAAAAGAAAGCAUCAAUUAAUAUAAGUACACAAGACCUUUUGGAUAUGUUGUAAGUGGUCACAUACGAAUUAAUCUUAAUGUAUUACUAUUGUAUUGUCUUAAAAUUCUAUAAAUAAGACCAAAGUUUAAUAAUGAAAAUAAAAUAAUUAUUCGGUU